CCGCUCUUUCCUCGAUGGUUCCCCCGGCGCGUCUCCGACUGCCUGGUAAUACGAGCGUAUCCCCUUUUCCCUACUGAAACUUCCCAAUUUCCCCUCCUCCUUCUCAACCCCCUUACCUUAAACCUCCCCUUCUCUCUCAGCUCGCCUAUCGGCUUCUUUCUGUCCUUUCUCCCUCCCCUCUAUACUCAAGGCCCUUGAUUCCAUUCCUUUCGUGCGCGUGUUUUUAUCGUUAUUCGUGCUCCGCCAUCUAUCAGGGCAUAUCCCGUUUCCAUCAUCGACUACCACCAUUAACGAGUCGAUUGGACUCGCACUACCCCUACCCACUAUCGUUUACACCGAACCCGUACUACCGCCAUCAUGGGUUGUGGCAUGAGCACCGAGGAUAAGGAGGGGAAGGCGCGGAACGAGGAGAUUGAGAACCAGCUCAAGCGCGACAAGAUGCUGCAAAGAAACGAGAUUAAGAUGCUGCUGCUCGGUGCCGGAGAGUCUGGAAAAUCCACCAUUCUCAAGCAGAUGAAGCUCAUUCACGAGGGUGGUUACUCCCGCGAUGAGCGUGAGUCGUUCAAGGAAAUUAUCUACAGCAACACUGUUCAGUCUAUGCGAGUCAUUCUCGAGGCCAUGGAGUCUCUUGAGUUGCCUCUGGAGGAUGCGCGCAACGAGUACCACGUCCAGACUAUCUUCAUGCAGCCCGCUCAGAUUGAGGGCGACAGCAUCCCCCCCGAGGUCGGCAACGCUAUCGGUGCCCUCUGGCGCGACACUGGUGUUCAGGACUGCUUCAAGCGUUCACGUGAAUACCAGCUGAACGACUCCGCCAAGUACUACUUCGAUGCUGUUGACCGUAUUGCUCAGCCCGACUACCUGCCCACUGACCAGGAUGUCCUUCGCUCCCGUGUCAAGACCACCGGUAUCACCGAGACUACCUUCAUCAUUGGCGAUCUGACCUACCGCAUGUUCGAUGUCGGUGGUCAGCGAUCCGAGCGUAAGAAGUGGAUUCACUGCUUCGAGAACGUCACUACUAUCCUCUUCCUGGUCGCCAUUUCCGAGUAUGACCAGCUGUUGUUCGAGGACGAGACCGUCAACCGUAUGCAAGAAGCACUCACUCUGUUCGACUCCAUCUGCAACUCUCGCUGGUUCGUCAAGACCUCGAUCAUUCUCUUCCUCAACAAGAUCGAUCGCUUCAAGGAGAAGCUCCCCGUCAGCCCCAUGAAGAACUACUUCCCCGACUACGAGGGCGGUGCCGACUAUGCCGCCGCCUGCGACUACAUCCUCAACCGCUUCGUGUCUCUGAACCAGGCCGAGCAGAAGCAGAUCUACACCCACUUCACCUGCGCCACCGACACUACCCAGAUCCGCUUCGUCAUGGCCGCCGUCAACGAUAUCAUCAUCCAAGAGAACCUCCGUCUCUGUGGUUUGAUCUAAUGAAUACCCAAACCCCGGGUGUCGCAGUGUGUUGAAAGUAGAUCGCAUGUGUCAUUUCUUUCGGCUUGUAAUCUGAUCUCGCCGGGAUGUGAUCAAAAGCCUCGUCCUCGUUCCCAGAAUUUCCGGCGUUGAACAUUUUCCUUACUUUUCUUUCUUCAUUUGUCACCAUUUCCUUCUUGUGUGUCUCUUUUUAAUUGCGUCCGCCCGUUCACAUUGACACGAUUUCUUUCUCUCUCUCUCUCUCUCUCUCUCUCUCUCUCUCCAGCCGGUUCUUAUCUUCCUGCUCUCGACGACGCGGAACAGGAACUCUAUCUGUUUUUGGACCUCUUCCGCUUUACUUUUUACUUGUUCUCUACAGUCCUAUUUUUCUUUCUUCCUCUUUUUUCUCCAUGUCUUACCCCUUGUGUCUGAUUUGAAAUGCUGGAUAUCCUAUCAUCUAUCUCUUGAUUUGCACGUUUGCCCAUCACUGCCCUCCCCCCGUUUUGUUCCCAUUUCCUUGUUCUCUUUUUUUUAUUGUCGAUCUUGUAUGUAACCAUACCGUCACCCCCUUUCUCA